CCCGACUCGCCUAGUGUGUUUUUGACAUCGGUGAACGCGGUCGUGAAUUUCAGAGCGUAUAAACAUACUUUUAUUUAUAGUUUUAAUCGAAUAAAGUCGUGUAACGUUCGUGAAUACCUGUGCAAACCGGGAUACAAUAAAUAUGAGUAUUGCUGCACUGAUCCAAGCUGCUGAAUACAUCGAAAGGCGCGAUAGAGUUUUCUUUGUUGCAGAAGCGGAGCACGGUUACGCGUCGAGUUUACCGGCGUACGAAGAGUCUCGCUCUGGUGGCAAGCGUCCGAAGACUAAGAAAUCUCAAGGCAGCAGGACCACUCAUAACGAGUUGGAAAAGAACAGGAGAGCACACCUUAGAAGCUGCUUGGAAAAAUUAAAGGACAUGGUACCACUAGGCCCCGAAGCACCACGACACACCACAUUAGGAUUAUUAACAAAGGCCAAAAGAUUUAUAAAGAGUUUGGAAGAAAGAGAAAAACGACAUUCGAGCCACAAAGAGCAAUUAGCGAGAGAGCAGCGAUUCCUCCGGCGGCGGUUGGCUCAGCUCAGAGCGUCCCCACGGGACAUCACCUCGCGAAGCCUCUCAGAGAGUUCGAUGACGCACGCGCACGCCACGCGAGCGGACUCGCUAUCAUCACUCGAGUCAUCAUCGGGCGUAUCCACCGCUGAGCGAUCACCUUCAUCCGUCUCCGAAAGCGAUGAGGUGGACGUUAUUGGGUACACGUCGAACCAGAGCGACAGCGAGUCCCUGGUGUCCGGGCACAGUGGCGACAGCGGCGUGGGGGUGGUGAGGGCGCGGCGGGCGCGUGCCCCGUCGCCCGCGGCCCCCGCGCCCCCCGCGGCGCCCGCGGCCCCCGUCUACACGACCGCGCGCCCGCGCCGUUCCGCGCGCUCCACGAGGGUUUAGGUGGGCAAUGACGGCGCGGGGCGCGAGGUGGCGCGGGGCGAGCGCGGGCGCGCCGACGCUCGUUGGCGCUUCAACUUCGUAACGUAAAAACGUAGAACAUUUUGUUGAUACAUGUACUAAGGCGAAUGUUGUUUCUGUGACUGAUCGGAACGGUGACUGCCUGCGUGACAGUUCCAUGUGACAGAGUGACUUGGCGUCGACGAGACCUGCGCCCGCGCCGCUCACGCCUACACCAACACACUAACACUUGUAAACAACACACCUCUGCGAACCAUCACUGAGUACAAAAUUGCCAAAAAUUUAGAGUCAAUUUAUUUUUCACAUUUCAGAUAAAUUUAAAUUGUAUUUUUUUUUCAGCGAGCUUGGCUCGCUGCUCUGUUGCAAUAUUAUAGCUGACGUAUAAAAUGUCAUAUUCCACGCGUUUUGUUUCCGCAUCUUUGUCACAUGUUUGUGUUAAACACUUUUUAAAAUGUGCGAUAAAUAAAUAUGUUUGUUCAAUAAUAUAUUAUUUUACUAUAUUAAUUAUACAUCUGAUGUUUUACUGUAUUGACGUAAUGAAUGUAAGAAUGACUGUAUUCCGCUCAGGGGUCGAUUUUCAUAGACAUUUUUAACGCACGACCCAUCGAUCGUUAGUGGCGCCCCUUUAAUAUAGAUGAUAUCAUUUCUUUUAUAUAGAGAUCAUGUUAUUUUUGUAUUUAACGAAUUCUCUAUUGGCACAUUCGAACACUAAUUGUGCAAACAUUGGGAGAAAGUUUUGAAAAAACUCUCUAAGUACUUACUGCUAAUGAUUCUUUUUUUUUUAAAAACAUAAUUGCUAUUGUAACGAAAGUUGUAUAGAUAUAUCUAUUUUCUAUUUUGUAUAUAAUUAUUUUCUUGUAUAAAUUAAUCAGGUAAACGUCAGAUCUGUGGACGUAUCGCGGACCUCUCCCACGAUUCACUGAGUCCAUCCAUGGAUAUAAGAGGAUCCCACUAAAUUUUAUAUUUAAAUAUCUAGAUCUAUUAUGCCAUCUGAAUCCUAAAAAAGAAAUACCAGUCUGCGUCAUUACCUAUUCUCUUUUCCAAUUACGCAAACAUUAAAAAAAAGUUUAUAUAAUUUAAAUGUGUAAAAUUAUUUUAAAUCUUAUUUCAUUGUAAUUAAGUUAAAUUACGCGUAUUUGGAAUAGGGUAUUAUAGUAGGUAUAAGUGUGCGGGAUGCGGGAGGGGGGCAUCCUCCCCUCCUGCACCGCGUACGUAUCUACAUUACCUACACUUACAGUUGACUAGUGAUGCGAAUCCGAUUCACUUCUAAAACCAAUUAUGGUAUCGAUAUUUUUAUACGUAAUCAAUACUGCAAAAUAUAAUAAUACUGUCGAUAAUUUACAAUAGUGUCAAUAGUGAUGAAAUGAUUGAUUCUCUAUCUUUUCAUGAUUAAAAUAUUGUAUAAGUUUGCAAUUAAUAAAAUUAUUUACAAUUGGCUUUAACUAUAAACAAUAAUAAUUUCGUUUCUUAUCGAUAGAUGAUAGUUAAAAAUCUCUAUACUUUCACUAUUAUCAUUGCUAUUGAACCCGAUAGGGUGACAUUGCUAUCGAUAUUCGAUAUUUUAAUAUCAAGAAAGCGAUACUUUUGCAAAUCAUCGAUGGUAUUACAAUAUUUUGUUGUUUUACUGCUGAGUACUGGUAUUCUAUCGAUUAUCGCCUAUCGUGCAGCAAUACGGUCUUUGCAGUGUACAAGGUUAGCUGAUUUACUGUUUAAUUUCUUAAAUUUAUUAUACAGCCUAAAUAAUCAAAUGUGAAAUUUUAUUUCCAAAUUUAAAUUAAGAAAGUGGACAUAAUUUAGUAAAUAGCUUUCACUGCAAAGAAUCGUAGUGCCUAACCUUAGGUAUCACAGUUAGUGGCAGAUUCUUGAAAAGUUUUUAUGGCUAUGAACCCUAAGUGAUACAUAUAGAUUUUGUUUAUUUUAAUGUCCGUAUACAAUAGUCCAUCACUGUCAUACAUAUGUACAUACAAAUUAAUAUAAAUAUAAAAUUCUAUUAACAUUUUAAAAGAAUUACUUAUAUGAAAUCAAUUAUUUUUUAUAUCAAUUUCCUCUAGAUUUAUUUAUUGAAGAUAAUAUAUUAUUAUUUGCGAGUCGCAAUUAUUUUAUCAAUUAUUGUAUAAAAAAAUAAUUAUCAAAUUUAGGUUAGUGAAUUCUUUAUUUAUACAUAAAAAUAAUAUAAAUUAAAUUUAUUCCAAUUGUUUUAGUAUGAUAUUUUAGGCCAAAUAUGCCUAAAUAUAUUAAUAUUGAAGUGUGUAUUUUGUUCUGUUUUUAACGAAUUUCAAAGAGAUCAUGUUUUUUUUUUUUUUAAUGUACCCACGUCUCGAACAUCAAGCAAUUUUAUUUAUUGAUUUAAAUAUAGCAUAAUCACACGUUAAUGUAAGAUACGGAUACGGCAGGAGUGAAUAUAUGUGAACGAACAAUGACCAAUCGAAACAUAUGAUUAAAAGGAUUGACAAGAGAAAGAACAAAUACGAAUGGUCCAAAAUGACUGAAAGCCCGCCAGGAUUGGAAAUGCUAACCGUCGCCGGUAUACAGAUCAUCACAUUACAUCGUCACAAAUUAUACUAUGACACCCUCAUAGGUCUAUAAUCCUUAGGUUUAUAAUAAGUUUGUACUAGUAAUUUUACAUUACUUGUUAUUUUUUUUUAUUAUCGAUAAUUUAUACUAUCGAUAGACUAAUUGUAUUCAGCGCAACACUAUCAGCUGUUUACUUGACGAGGCGAAGUGCGUUCGAGACUUACAUAGGUAGACCAAAUAGUCAACCAUUUUUUGAACAUCUUAUUUUUGCUCACUCAUAGCAUGCUUUCUUAUAUUAUUUAAGCAUGCUUCGCCAUCAUUAUUUUACUUUUCGUGUGUAUGACAGUGGGCGUGGACUCGGCGACACGUUCGCUACCUACUAACCAUCGUAUUGUUAAGUACUUAUUAAUGUUGAAUAUGAUCUCACGUCAUUGUCACACGUCAAUUUUGGUAAUAUGUCAUUUCACGCUGUUCUGAUGCAAUAUGUGGGUACGCACUAGUGAUGUUCCAAAUUUGAAAUUUGUAAAAAACAUGCGAGUAAAUAUAAUUUUUAAUAAAUUAAAAUAUAUUUAGAAUAAUAUCUGUAUAUUUUUACUCGCAUAUUUUAAUUUUUUUUUUCUGUAUUCAUUUUAUAUUACUAAAUAUAUUUAUGUAGGUAAUUACAAUUGUAAAAAUCAUAUCUAAUUUUUUUUUUUCAAAUCAACUCUACGAAGUGUUAAUUUUAGGUACUACAAUGUAUAUACACACAUAUAAAAAUAUAAUUGUACCUACCUACUUAUAUUUGUUAGAUAAAACCAACUUAUUAUUUAAUGGAAGGAAUGACAUAAUUACGUAAAUGACAUACGUUAUAUGUGGACCUAAAUGUACCAAAAAAUACUUAUAAACGCAUGGGAACACAAGCUAUGCACGCACAUGUUAAAACAACCAGAGGGUACGCGUAUCUUGUUAAUUAAUAUUGUAUCUUAUAAUUAAUUAAUUGUUGAUUCAUUUCUUAGAUAAGCAUGACUGAAGUACAUUGUAUUAUAUACAUUGAAUGCGACGUUCGGCGGGCGUCACGCGUCAUCUCGCGCCUCCUUCCUCUACAGCCCAGCUGAAUGUGUAUAUUUCUUUUUUAAUAUAUUCAUAAAUAUGAUUGUAAAUUGUUUUAGGUAUGGAUGUUUAUAAUAAGGAUAGUUGUAAACGUAUCAUUUGUUUUUUGUAAGUAAUACAUUUGUUUUAGAAAUGACAGUCUGAUCUCUUAAAGUAAUGCGUGAUAAGUUAGGCGCGCCGCCCGGCGUGGCGCGGCCGUCUCGUCGGGCUCACUCGCACUCAGCGCCACGCAAAUAUUACGCGCUCGCCGUCGACUCGCACUGAGAGUCUUCACAUCACUAUAACAUCACAAAUCGUCAUAAAUAAAUAUUAUGACAUUUUUAUCUCAAUUUAAUUCGAUCAAACAUGUCUCUGUAUGUUUUUAGAAUUAUAUUUAUUUCAAAGUGGUAAAACAUGUAUAUUUUUUUUUAGAAUACAGUUUUGCACGAAUAAGGACUGUUCUACAUUCAAACAUAGUUUAAUAAAUAUGAUUAUUUAGAUUUUUAUUAUUGUGGUGAACGGAAUGCUCAGAUGUGCCGACCCUUAAUCUAUAUUUGGUAUACACUUAAAAUAGUAACAUAGUGUUUGUACACUUUCAAUAAAGCGACAGUCGAUUCUGAGGCGUCAUUAAUCGAAACCUAUCUUUAAAAUUAAAAUUUGACAUCAUAGCCAAAUCUUUAUUAUAAGGAUUAAUUUGAAUUAAUUUUCUGCUAAAUUUAGAUCAAAUUCAUUGUAAAAUUAAAUUACUUUAUGAUGGUCUAUAAAAUAAUAUAGUAGAUAAUUUUGCGAAAUUAUGGCAACUCAGAAUCGGUCCCAGUGAGUGCGAAUCGACGGUAGGGACCCGUGCCCGAUGCUAAACAUCAGCUAAUCACAACGCCCAGUAAAUCCUGCCUCAUUAGCGCCAACGUAUCAUUCGUGUAGUCAUCGCAAAUCUUCAAACCCAGUACCGUGCUAAGUGGAUAUCGACUGAUACAGCUACAGUGGAACCAGUGUUUCCAUCACCGUCAUCGCAUGCCUGCUUAAUACUCCAUUCGAGACUGCAUCACAUUAAUUCUAGUGUCAAUAAUGUAUAUAAUGACGAACCCGAAUAUUUUGCAACCGAGUGUAGACGGGUGCAAGCGGCGACGGGACGCUUCCAGAGUACAAAUUCUGUAUAAGCCCCCUAUUACUAAAUGUUAAUUUUAAAUGGAACAGGGAGAAUGUACCGUCGUUACGUAUUGUAGGUAAAUGUAGCGCGGGCGAUUAUGGCCAACGGAUCCAGUAAACUCUGCCUUCGGUGUUGUUUCUUCCUUAACUAAAUCUACUCUAUCUAUUUCCUAUUGCUACAGUGAAUUUUAUUUGCUAACUUCCCAACUAUUCGUCUCUUUCCGUAGCGACGUACGAGCGUCGACAGUCGUCUAUCUCACUGUAACGAUAGGGUAAUGGAAAUGUGCGUUGCACUGUACGCGCGCACCUCUUAUUAGAUAAGAAAUGUGUUAUUAGAAAUGAAAUUGCAAUAAAUUGUUCCUUGGCCGCCGCGGCCCGCCGCUCCCCGGCUGUUUACUCAACUUAGUGGCUGUAAAUGGGGAAGUCGGAUAGACUUAUUCCGCUAGUGGCGCCAAAAAUGACUGCUAAAUAUUGCAACUAAGAUGUUAGGACUCUAGAUAUGCGACAAAUAAAUUAACGUGUGGCGCCAACUAUGCCAAGCCUUAGCCCGGCUUCCCUAUUAGUCCGGCGUUUUAAAAUAUCAGUGCGAUUGUAAAUAUUGGAGCCAAAAUUUUUAUACAAAUUAUUUCAUAAAUAUAUUCUUGGACCAAGUUGCGUGGGGAGCGGCGGUCGCCGGGUUGACUGCGCGGAACGAUGCGGCCGCUCGCGUAUCACUGGUGACGGUCGCGCGACUGUCGACCGUCGAUCGCGUGACUAUCGGCCGACGAUCGCGCGACUGUUUCGUAACACGCGAGUUUGCCGAGCGCUAGACACUGCCUGUACCAACAGUGUCGGCGAAGUUGCAGUCUUUCGUUGUCUGGACGUAGAGGCAAACAUUAGGUACUAUUGUGACACUGCUGAUGUGACUUGGCAGCAUUAUUCAAUGUAAUUGAUGAAAAGUGGCACAUAAUUAUUAUAUGUAAAAAAAGUUAUAGAAUUAAUUUAAUAAAAUUAUAAAUAAAA